UCGUCACUCUCCAUGCGCCAUUCAGACGUUAGCUCAGGAGAGAUGCCAGUGUACUGUCACUUCAGUUCAACACAGACGUCGCAAAGCACUCUGAACUACCACGGCAACUGAGGCAGACCGCGGACGAAAAUCGGUUUCCCAGGAAGGCAAUGAAUCCUCAAAGCUAGCAAAACCUGGCCGCUAGAUCUCAGUGACCAUGGAGAACAGAACAAGUGGGAUUGAGCUAUUCAACAAUUCAAUGAAUCAGACUGUCGAAGUGUCAAGGAUGCCUCAGAAUCCACUCGAGUAUCAGGUAGUUACUAUCCUGUUAGUCCUGUUAAUCUGUGGAGUGGGGAUAGCUGGAAAUGUCAUGGUUGUGCUGGUGGUUCUGAAGACCAAACACAUGAGAACACCCACUAAUUGCUACCUGGUGAGCUUGGCGAUUGCAGACCUGGUUGUCCUCCUGGCGGCCGGCCUGCCCAAUAUCACUGAAAGUGUGGUUGCUUCCUGGGUUUAUGGAUACGUCGGCUGCCUUUGCAUCACGUACCUGCAAUACCUAGGCAUCAAUGCGUCCUCGUGCUCCAUCACCGCCUUUACCAUAGAGCGUUACAUUGCAAUCUGCCACCCCAUCAAAGCCCAAUUCAUCUGCACCGUGUCCAGAGCCAAGAAAAUCAUCGCUUUAGUAUGGGCCUUCACAUCUGUGUAUUGCGUGAUGUGGUUCUUUUUACUGGACAUCAAGCAGAUCCCACAUGUCAAUGGCAUCCAAGUGGUCUGUGACUAUAAGGUGUCAAGAAACCAUUACUUGCCCAUUUACUUUCUGGACUUCACUAUAUUCUACGUGAUUCCUUUAUUCGUGGCCACAGUUCUGUACGGGCUCAUUGCUCGGAUACUGUUCCUGAAUCCGAUCCCCAGCACUCCGCAGGAUUCAGCCAAUAACUCCAUUCACAAGGGGCGCAGCAGCGCGUCCAAGAUGUCCUGUCGCCGCAACAAGGGCGCGCAGUCUUCAAGAAAGCAGGUCACUAAAAUGUUGGCAGUGGUGGUUAUCCUUUUUGCUCUCCUCUGGAUGCCCUACAGAACCUUGGUGGUUGUCAACUCCUUCAUGAAUACACCCUACUUGAACAUUUGGUUUCUGCUAUUCUGCAGGAUGAGCAUUUACCUGAACAGUGCCAUCAACCCUGUCAUUUACAAUCUUAUGUCUCAGAAAUUUUGUGCUGCUUUCAAAAAACUUUGCAAAUGCAAACAGUCACAGGCAGAGAAACCUUCUGCCUACAAUGUACCUGUUUACUACAGUGUAAUGAAAGAUAUGUCUCAUGAAAGUCCAGAUCAUGCUGUAACAGAGCAAGAGGAUAUUAAUGGCUAUCCAAUUUCUAACAAGAAGUUAAAUUUUGAUAACACUUGCUGUGAUACUAACACAUUUAGUGUUGCCUGAAGUAAUAAUGAUCAAUUUAUAAGAACUAGUAUGAGAAAAUUAAAUACCUAUUUGGCAAGCGUAUGAUUUAAAUAAUCUAUAUUACUUCCUUUUGCUGAUGUACUAUAUAAUAUUCUCAAAGGAAUAUUACUUCCUUGCCCUUGACAGUUUUAAGUAAACUACAUUGAACAUUUUACAGAGCCAAUUAUGUCACUCAAUUCAUUUACCACUUAUGUUUUAAAUUAUAAUGAAUAAACACUUUUUAUGCUUAGAAAUUAAAGCUGGCAUAUUAAAAGUAAUUAGCUGGUCUAGUGCAAAUGUUAUUUGUAGCAAAAUUAUAAACUUGAUUUCAUCUUUGAAAUUAUAUUGGAGCUUGCAAUGUCAGAAAAAAUUUCCAGCACUCUCUACCCAAUACACAGCUUCUUUAUAGUCAACACAUUAUUGGAUUACGAACUGUCUAGAAAUCUCCUGAAGCUCUGCUAUUUCAAGUGUUUUCUAAAGUGUGUGGCAGGUCUUCAUACAGGGACAUACACUGCAGUAGCUCUAUUAUUAUAUAUCUUCCCUGACUGAUAACACAAAAAAUGUGAAACCUGGGUCAUUUUAGGACAAGCCAACUUAAAUAAAUAGGUAGUAUUUUUGAAUUAUUUACAAUGCUCUUUGAAUCUUUAUUUAUGGUAGCUUUAUGACAAUCAUGAAUAAAAUAAAGUGCUAUUUCUUCACUUAACUAAAUGAUUAAUAAAUAAUAGUACUUUUCAAUAGUUUCCCUUUUUUGCUUAACAGAAGCCAAGAAGUUUCCUUUAUUAAAAUUAUAAACAAAUGUGUGCCAUGGUACGAAAAUGCUAAAGUGAUAUUGGUUUAACAUUUAUAUUUUGUUUUAUAGUGCACAGACUUCUAAAUCCAGUUCUGAUAAUUCACAAAAUUACUUUCUGUUGCUGGGUUUUAAAUGACAUAUGCUAAUGUGUGUAAUUUGCUCAUGUUUAUUUAGAAAUGUCCUCAAGCAAAUGUUGCAGUGCUACAUAUUUAUUAGGACUAGGACCUUAAGAAAACCGUACAAUGAACUUUUUAUGAAUGUUGAUAAUGUGUGAUCAUACUAUAGGUUAAUUUAUUGAACUUACUAUCAAUUAUUGCCAUUCCUUUUUCAGCACUAUGUAUAGUAUGCAAUUGUUUAAAAUGCAAGUAGAUCACAUGACAUACAACAAACUAUUCCUACAGCUUUUAAGUAGUUUUGUGAAUUUAGUUGAGGCGAGAAUGCCAAUAAGCCUCACAGUCAUGUCUGCAAUUAUUUAUGCUCAUGGUGCAAGCCAGAAAUCAAGUGUAGUUUGGGAAUCUUAUCUUGAUUUGAACAGUAAACUAAUUGAAUGUGUAUUUCAACAGAAAAUAUCUCCACUAGAACAGAUUUAGGAUCUUUUAUUUGCAUAUAAUACAAAUCAAAUGAUUCCAUGCAUUGUGUAUGUUUUGAAUUGUAAGGUUGUAUGUAAUA